AUGAGCGGCUCUGAAUUUCUUGACACAAUCUUUCCGACAAACAGCCUAUCAGCUGGCGUGUUCUUCUGUGGGAUAUGUAGCAAGCCCUUCAGCCAAGGUCUGUCUUCAGCUACUGCCGACAUGUGUCUUACUGUCGACGAACAAAAGACCGACUCCGAAGCCGACCGAAGCCUUGUCGAGAAUGCAGCGCAGCCAAACAUAAGUGUAGCUUACAAGCCCGCUGCCCUUAGCGCACAAGUUUGGGCGCCGAGUCUUCUGGGCUUGGAUCCAGCUAAUCCUGAGUCUACUUUCAUACCAGAGGCUUCGACUUUUGAUCAUCAAGUACAAUGGGAUGCAUUCUCACAAAUAGUUGAGCUGCCGGAUGAAGUCGCUUUUGGCCACUUCCCUCUGGCGGAACCUGGACUUGGUCACAUAACCGAGGACCUGAUGGUCGGUGACACCGAUUUGUCUCCAUCACCAGAACCAUACCGGCAGAUACUGCCACAUUCGAUGAACUUUGGCAGGCGCGUGAUAUCAAACACAUCUGGGAUCGUCUUUCCACUUCAAUUCAUCAAAGAACCAAAGCCGGCGGCGAAUGGCAGUGCGAACAUGAUCAAACGGGCACUGCGCUCAUAUCCUGAAAUGAUGCUGCGAAGGUCAGCAUUCCCUCCCUUCAUACACCAAUAUCAGGACAAGAGCCAUCUUCCCGAGCCACUAGCAAACUGUAUGGGCAUUGCGAUUUUGUUCGUAUCUCGAAACCCAGACACUAGUUCGUUCUUAUGGCAAUCAAUUCGAAAAGAGCAGGACAGAAACCUCAGCGAAGUUGGAAUAAUGGUUAGAUAUAGCAAAAGAGAUAUCUUCGCCUCAAUACAAGCAGAGCUGAUAUAUAUCAUUAUGCGUGUCGUUGCCGGCGGUGGAAGCACUCUUGUAGACCGUGAUUACAACACCCACAUGCUGUUGGCUUAUGAGGCGCUUUGGAAACAGUUCAUGGCCUUGACUGAUACACCAUGCAGUGUAAAGUCCAAGAGUUCGAAAUCAUGGGAAGAUUGGAUCUUAGACGAGUCCCGAAUAAGAAUUGCUUGCGUGUGGUUCUUGGUAGCGCAAGUAGCCACCGUUAAGGUAGGCAUAUCUUGCGGCGUUCUUGACACAUGGAGAGAAUUGACACUACCAUGUCACAAAGUACAAUGGGGUGCUACAACGCCAGAAUCAUGGGACGAAGAAACAAAAGCGUUGAGAAGUCUUCCCAAGCGGGGUCAGGAUCUGGCAUACUUUGGGGGGCUUCUGGAAAGUCAUCAACAUGCCAACGAUGCAGUUCAUGCAGAAACGCUUGAUAGAUGGAAUUCAGGAGUCGAUAACAUCGGGUUGCUCCUGAAUUUAAUUGUACUACUGGUUUCGCGUGUAUUCUAG